AUGGAUCGCAUCAAGGAGAAAAUGAACCAGCUCCGCCUCGAGGCGGAGGAGGCGACGGCCAAGGUCGAGGAGCUCCAGGCCAAGAUCAAGCAGCUUGAGCAGGAGAACCUGCAGAAGGAGCAAGAGAUUAUUUCGCUCACGCACAAGAAUAGCGUUCUGGAGGCCGAGGUAGAGAAACUCGAGGCGCAAGUCAAGGAACUCAAGGCCCAGGCCUCUGAGGGCCAGCAGGCCGGAACCCAGAACGAAGCGCUGACUCGAAGGCUCCAACUUCUCGAGGAAGAGGCCGAAGAAGCGGACCGGACUUUGCGGGAGGCCAACGAGAAGCUGCGACAGACCGACGUCAGGGCGGGCCACUUCGAGCGGAAAGUCCAGGCCCUCGAGCAGGAACGCGACCAGUGGGAGGCCAAGUACGAGGAGAUGGCCCGGAAGUACGCUCAAGUCCAGAAGGAGCUCGAGGAGUUCCAGAACGAAAUCGCCGCCAUCUAA